CUACACGGUUAAGAACAGCUAACCCAUGCCUCGUUCCGAUGAGCUGUUCGACCGCCUAGCAGGCAACCGCUUCUUUACGAAGAUUGAUCUUCGUAGCGGUUACCAUCAGAUCCGCGUCGCUGAGCUGUUCGACCGCCUAGCAGGCAACCGCUUCUUUACGAAGAUUGAUCUUCGUAGCGGUUACCAUCAGAUCCGCGUCGCUGCAGCCGACCAGCCAAAGACCGCGUUCCGAUCGCGAUUCGGUCACUACGAGUUCACGGUGAUGCCAUUCGGCCUCACUAAUGCUCCCGCUACCUUUCAGAGGGCGAUGAACGACAUCUUCAGGGACAUCCUGGAGAAGUACAUUCUCGUCUACCUCAACGAUAUCCUGGUCUACAGUCGUACCCUUGAGGAGCACCUCAAACACCUCCGAGACAUCCUUGACCGCUUGCGCAGACAUGGCUUCUACGCCAAGAUGAGCAAGUGCCGCUUUGCCCAGCACAAAGUGGAUUUCUUAGGACAUUAUGUGUCUGACCAGGGUCUCCACAUGGACGACGCGAAGAUCACUGCUAUUGUGGAGUGGCCCGCCCCCACAUCCGCCAAGCAGCUUCGCAGCUUCCUAGGCCAGACCAGCUACUAUAGUAACUUCAUCCAACAGGAGAUUCGCCUCCUUCACAGGCAUCUCAUCAACAGUGGGGACAGUAUCACAGUCCGUGAUGACGACGGUUCUUUCAAACACGGCACUCGCCUUGCGCAAGCCUCUAGAAGUGCAAGAGUUUGGGCGUGGAGAGUUGACCGCCGCCUGCGCCGAGCGAGGGAUGAGGCCGCAAGCUGGUUAGCGUUUUUUACUAUGAGGAAUGUUCGUCUGCAAAAGACUGUCGAAGCGGCCAUUGAUGAGCGUGAUUAUGCAAGAAGUCGUCUCAAGGAAUUAGACACGGCUUACUCCGACGUCCUCAAGAUUGAAGACAAGCAUUACCGAAGGGUGAUAGAGUUGGAGACGCGGUUUAAGGAACUCAGGGACGUUGUUCCUGAUGACAGGGAGGCAGAGGUGACAUCGCAUAGUGGGGACACAGUAGUGAUUGGCGGGAAUCCACGUCGACUCGAAAGGGCAGCAGAUGCUGGUGUCGAUGAUUAAUGCACGUGAUGACAUGACGAACAAAGGGAAGCGGCUUAU